ACGUUGCGACGUCAAAACAUACCUGAAAGUUGUUCGCUUCGUUCGUUCGUUUGUGGCUCUGCUGUGUAGCUCGUCGUCUCGUCGUCGGCAGCCAUAAAAUUUUCGCGAGAAUUAAAACUCCGCCGCAGGAAAGUCUGGAAAUUGUACGCUCAUUUUUCCGUUGUAUCCGGGUGAACGGUUCGUUUUGGUACGCGAGUCGCGAGUUGGUGUGAAAAACAAGGUUGAAAUCAAGUGAAAUCGAUACUGACGGAGUGGAUUAGUCAGUCAGGUCAGCAUCCGAAAGCGAAAGCCGCAAGCAGCAGCAGCAAAGAAGAACCAUCGUCGCCCGUUCGACAUUUUUUUCAGUGUCCAGAGUAGUGAUAUUUUUUUCGUUUUUGAUUUGGGAGAAAGCUAGCCUCCAGCAUUCAGCUUAAAUGUCAGAACCUCAGUCUUCGUUGCUGCUGAAAAAACAGUUAGCAGAGUUGAGCAAAAACCCUGUCGAGGGAUUUUCAGCUGGACUGAUCGACGACAAUGACAUCUUCAGAUGGGAAGUACUUAUCAUCGGUCCACCAGAUACGCUCUACGAGGGCGGUUUCUUCAAGGCACACCUGCACUUCCCGAAGGAAUACCCACUGAGGCCUCCGCGCAUGAAGUUCGUCACAGAGAUCUGGCACCCGAACAUCGACCGCAACGGUGACGUGUGCAUCAGCAUCCUGCACGAGCCCGGCGAUGACAAGUGGGGCUACGAGAAGGCCUCCGAGCGCUGGCUGCCGGUGCACACCGUAGAAACGAUCCUAAUAUCGGUGAUCUCGAUGCUGGCCGAUCCCAACGACGAAUCGCCGGCGAACGUCGACGCGGCCAAGGAAUGGCGGGAAGCGUAUCCAGAGUUCAAGCGGAAAGUGGCGCGAUGUGUUCGGAAGAGUCAAGAGGAUUGUUAGUAGGGUUUUUUAAAAAAUGUCUUAUAUUUAUUAAUUAAUUAAUAUUACUAUAAUAAUGAAGAAAAAGGAAAGGAAAGGAUAACGAUGGUUGAUGAUGCCAAGUGAUCGAUUGAUGAUGAUUGAUUGCCGCAAACAACAAUGUCGACGAUUGGUUUUCUUUCCUCGGAAUCAUGAAAAAUAGAUGCAAGCAUGUGCGAGUGUAUGGCUUUCAGGUUAUUUUACGAAGAAUACUGAGAGCUGUUCCGGCGUAUUUUCGCUUCAAAUUGUACGCUACUACAAAUUCAUAUUCUCAUUUACCCGGAUCAUGUUGAACAUUGAGGUUUUCCAAUACAUCCACAGCAAAUUUAUAUCAUAUGAACUUUUUUUUUAGAAAUACAACCAAUUGUCCAAUGCAAAAUGCUUCGCAUUUCAAAUUUAGUGAUAAUUUUAAUUUCAGUGUGUUUAUUUGCUGAAAAUAAAACCAACUAGGCAAUCUUUAACCACUUUCCACUUGUUUCCAUUAUUGAGAGCUGCUUUUUUACGGCGUGUGGCGGGGUCUAUCCAUUUAGUCGUUUGGCAUUUUGAGUAAUAUGUGACGAAAAGCUACGUCUGGUGGUGGUCUUGGCCGCUAAUUGAUAGUUCUGAAGCUAAAAUCUUCUUAUUGCAUACCUGAGGUCCUCAAGUACACGUGAUGAUAUCUUUUUAACUGGUGUUCAAUGGCGCACCAAUGGACCUUAAGAUAAAAAUGAUAAGGCCGAUUUCAGUUCUCAUUUCAGUUUAGAUUUUAUUCCAAACGAAUAAAUUGGACCUCCGCCACGCGCUGACACAAUCAUCCCCGCAUAUCAGUUGAGAAAUUUUCCAAAAGAGCCAAAAGAUAUCUAUCAGCUGAUUUGUUAUCAUUUACGAUUUAGAGAUACAUAUGAGACGCGGAGGGAAGACGAACAGACACAGAGAGAGAGAGCAACACGGAAUGAACGAAGGACAUUCAACAGGUGAUAGCCCACAACCAGGCAGAGACAUCGGGAGAUCUUCUCUCUCCCACUCUCGUGAUUCGACUGCACUAAUAUAAUAUUAUAUGGGCUAUAAUAUUGAGAGAGGGAGAGCAAAACCAUGCUUGCUGGAGAGAGUAAACACUCAGGAAAUCAAUCACACACGCGUUUGUCCUGUUGAAAAUUACGUGCUUAUAUAAAUAGGUGUAAAGUGCCCGCUAAAUGAUUGAAAAACACGGAAAGAGUGAGUGAAUAAUAAAUGACAAAACGGUGUAUGGCACUUUGGGCCAGAACAAACCGGAAGAUAAACCAUUUUGCGAUGACUGCUCAUUAUACUUGACUUCAGCUAUUCAGAAUAGAAGAGAAACUACUUUAAUGAGAUUGAUGAUACUAAGUAUAAGUUAAACUAAUUUUCCCCUUUCUGCCGGAGAACACAUUCAGUGCUUUGUUCUGUAUGUUUAGGAAGAAACGAAAAAGCUUUUUAAAUUUACGUUGAAAAUCUGAAACUUUUGUGUGAUACUUCUGUUUCCUAAUGAUUACGAACAAAAAAAAACAAAACACAAAUUCAAAUCAUGGCAGGGCCACCUGACCGACAAUGUAAAUAGUGCAGUUUCCGCUCAGAGACAGGCAAACGAGAAACAACGUGUAACCAAACCAAACCGACUAAAGUAAUUUCUAACGCGCAUCCUUCCUCGGAUCUAUGGUUAAGAGGGCGCUACCUCGUUCAGAACAACCAUCCUUUGGCAUAACAUAACUCUUCCUGUUAUGGCAAGUGGCACUGCGUCAAACGAGGUAGUGCCGGUUAAGAGUAAUCCCGCUAACACGAAAUAAUAAAUACCUAUUACCUUACAAAACUAACAUUUACAAACUGAAAAAGUUAAAGCAUCCAAGUCAACAAAAAACUACACCACCACCACCACAAAUGCAACACUUAUUCUUCUACUUAAACAAAAACAACAACAAAUGAAUACAAGUAACAAUAUUGAUUUAAGUUUGCUAGAAUAAAACAGCAAGACAAUUAACAAGUAACCAGCAUUUCAUUUAACAUCCCGUCCUUCUUCACAUAAAAAAAAAUCAUCGCCCAUUUCGCUUCCUUCUUAAUUCGUCAAAAUCCCUCUUUCUAAACUCGAAUCGUUAAAAUCCCCUUUCAACAAAAUACUACACCCUUAACCCCUAGUGUUUGGGGAACGCAAACUUGUGUGGUUGCUUCCGCAGAACAAAACAAAAAACAAUGAUGACUGAAGUGAUGGAUGAUUGUAAGGACAAAAAAAUAUUAAAAAAUGAUACAAUGAUCUAAUGAAAAAAAAAAGCAUACAUAUGCCGCCAACAUCACAAUAUAACACUCGGAACACAAGAAGAAGUAAUAAAUUGAAACAGCCUGAAAAUAUGGAAAAUAGAUGA